AUGAGCAAACACAAUACUUGGGGAGGAUCAUCACCUUCAUUAUCGUCGACCACUAAAUUAAUUGUCGGAUUAUUUGUCCUCCUAUUGAUUGUACAAACAACAAUCGGAUCAACAUUAAAUUUAUCGAGUACAAGAAUUGAUACCACUCUCAAUACAACACAAAUAGAAUUUCGACCUCUUGAUCCAUCAGCACCAUCGUCUAUUCCUAAUUAUAAUGUUGGAACACAAGUAUCGCUGAGUUUUUCCUUCUUUUCUAUUGAACAUUGUUCUUUUGAUAUUGUAGUAGUAUCAAAACACUCUAAAAAGGAAUAUUCGACAAAUGGUGGAAUUUAUCAAUACAAUACUAAUGGAACUAUUGAAGAAAAGGAAUUAAAAAUUACAAUUCCUACUGAAAUUGAUACUGCUGAAGGAGCUUAUGUUUUCAGAUUAAAAAAGAAGGUUGAAAAGGUAUCUCAAGAAUUGAAUUUUGACUCUCCAGAAUUUACUGUCACUGUCAAUGUUGACAAUACAUCAUUAUCAUGGCCAACUAUUGUUUUAAUUCUCUUCUUCCCACCAGCUCUGCUCCUAGUUGCAGUUGUAGGUGGUUGUGUCAUGUGUAAACGACAACGUCGAGUCCAACAACAAGAAUUGGAACAACACGAUUAUGAACAACAAUUGGAUGAUGAUGUUGAUAUCAAUUUCGAUCACGAUGAUGAAGAGGAGAAUCAUCACCGUCACCACCACACCUCCAAGCACCAUCAAACAAAUAAGAAGAAGGAAGAACCCAAGAUGGCCUUUGUCUUGGAAGAUGACGAUGAUGAUGAGCCAAUGUCUAGUAGUCAUAUUCACAUUGAUGAUGAUGAUGAAAAUGAACGUCGUGGCAAUUUCUACUAUACCAAGAAUAUUUAAACAUGCUCUUCAUUAAUUGUUAUUAUGGAACAGUGUGUUAACAUAUUAGUUUACAAUUUUAAGAAUAUUAUUUAAUCGAAUAAUGUAAUAAAGGAAGGUAAUUGGCUAUGCCUAUUUUGAA